AUGACCAUUGCAGUCGAGAAGCUUGAUGAUCACGAUUCCCCUGAUAUAUUAGGCCCUUCCACAUCUAGCUCGGUGGCUCAAAAUGCCCCAACCCCUACACCGGAUUCGUACCAGAGUGGCAACAUGAACGGACGCAGCACCAUACCAAUAGCGGUAAAUCCCGUCGAAUUGGUGACGACAGAAUGUAUCACCGUCACAUCCUCGAUGCGAAAGCAUUCAAGAUGGGCUCAUUCAUCUGUUGCGGCUAUCCUGGGUGGAGGUGGUGCGUCGCGUUCGUAUGAACGCGAGUUUUCAGUCCCGUCCAACUUAUCCCUUGAGGGGAAAUCCCCGCCGAAAAUCGCCCCAACGAAAUGUGGAGCUAUGGGGGUGGGGGGAGAACAUGCACUCGCGAGUAGAUGGGGUCUUAGGGGAAAGAAAGGAAAGAGCUUGCAAGACAAUCCGCUGAUGUCUGCUUUUACGCGGCUACGUAUCGACUUAAAAGACUGUAAAGAUAUUCGUGAUUUUGAUACCCCGGCGCUUCUACAUCCAUUUCUUCAGGUUAUACGCUCAUCGUCGACAUCCGCUCCCAUUACAUCCCUCGCAUUGAUCUCAAUAACGAAAUUCUUUGCUUACAAUAUCAUCAACCGGGAUUCUCCACGUCUCUCCAUGGCCCUUCAGCUUUUGUCAGCCGCUAUCACGCAUUGCCGAUUUGAAGCCACUGACUCUGCUGCCGAUGAAAUUGUUCUGCUUCGAAUCCUCAAGCUCAUGGAGGGCAUGCUCUCCAGGCCUGAAGGCCAACUUCUGGGAGACGAAAGUGUUUGCGAAAUGAUGGAAACAGGACUGAGCAUGUGUUGUCAAGUUCGACUAUCGGAAGUCCUUCGCCAUUCUGCCGAAAUGUCUAUGAUAAAUAUGUGCCAGGUCAUCUUCCAGCGCCUCUCCCAACUGGACGUCGAUGAUAUGCCGGAUCUCAAUUCGUUGCAAGAAGAGAGCGCGCAUCAAGAUUCUGGGAACUUCAAGAUGGAUCCCUCAGUGGAUGGCGAUACCGUUACAUCACAACAUCCUUCAAGUCUAGGCAUGGAUACGUCUACCCCAGAAAAGGAUCGUACCAGCGGUGAAGACGAUUCAGAAGCCACCGUCAAUGGUGACACAUCUGCCAAUCAGCCCGCGCCACAUGAAGACAUGUUCCCCGAAGUCAAACCGUAUUCUCUACCUUCAAUUCGAGAACUUUUCCGUGUCCUUAUUGACUUAUUAGAUCCACAUAACCGCCAACACACUGACACAAUGCGAGUUAUGUCACUAAGGAUAAUCGAUGUUGCCCUUGAGGUCGCAGGGCCUUCGAUUUCUCGUCACCCAAGCCUUGCACAACUUGCGAGAGAUGACUUGUGUCGCCAUCUAUUCCAGCUAGUAAGGUCUGAAAAUAUGACCUUGUUAAACGGAUCUCUUCGAGUUGCGGGUACGCUACUCUCUACCUGUCGCAGUGUCUUGAAAUUGCAGCAAGAGCUUUUCCUCUCUUAUCUAGUCGCGUGUUUGCAUCCAAGAGUAGAAAUACCACGGGAACCGGGCAUCGACCCAAGCCUCUAUUCAGGCGUCCCCCAGUCACCGAAAUUGGUGAAGCCCUCGCCGUCGCAAGCCAGCAGUGGUCGUUCAACUCCAGUUCCUGUCAAAGACCGCCAAAAGCUGGGCAUGGAAGGCGGAUCUCGGAAGCCUGAAGCCCGAGAAGCGAUGGUGGAAAGCAUAGGAGCAUUAACACGGAUUCCCAACUUCAUGGCUGAGCUAUUCGUGAAUUAUGACUGUGAAGUCGAUCGCGCUGACCUUUGUGAAGAUAUGGUUGGACUUCUAUCCCGUAACGCAUUUCCUGACUCCGCAACAUGGAGUACUACAAACGUGCCUCCACUAUGUCUUGACGCCCUCUUGGGAUACGUGCAAUUUAUUGCCGAAAGGCUAGACCAGCCUCCUAAUUACGACAAUCUUCCAGACCCUGCACGCCUGAGAAGUCAGCGGCAACGGAAAAAGAUCAUUAUCCAAGGUGCUGCGAAAUUUAAUGAGGACCCUAAGGCGGGAAUUACACACCUCGCCUCGCACGGAAUCAUAGAUGACCCACAUGACCCUCAUCUUGUUGCAAGUUUUCUCAAAGGAACAAGCCGAAUAUCCAAAAAAGUCUUAGGAGAAUUUAUUUCGAAAAGAUCUAACGAAACUCUCCUUGACGAGUUCAUUGGUCUUCUCGACUUCAACGGCAAACGAGUAGAUGAAGCGCUGCGGGAUCUCCUUGGUUCAUUCCGUCUGCCUGGCGAGGCCCCUCUUAUUACCAGGAUUUUAACGGUAUUCUCGGACAAGUAUAUCACCAAAGUAGGACCCAGUGGAGUGGCGGAUAAAGAUUCACUAUUCGUCUUGACGUACGCCAUCAUCAUGCUAAACACGAACUUAUACAAUCGCAAUGUCAAGCCCCAGGAUCGCAUGUCGUUUGAGGGUUUUGUAAAGAAUCUGCGGGGAGUCAACGGUGGGAAUGAUUUCGACAUUGAUUUCCUUCAAGACAUCUACACUUCUAUCCAACAUAACGAAAUUAUAUUACCCGACGAGCACGAAAAUAAGCACGCAUUUGAUUAUGCUUGGAAAGAGCUGCUCAUGAAGACCGUGGACGCUGGGGAAUUGGCUGUCUUCGACUCCAACGUAUUUGACGCUGAAAUGUUCGAGGCAACUUGGCGGCCAGUGGUGGCAACUCUUUCCUAUGUUUUCAUGUCUGCCUCGGACGACGCAGUCUUCUCUAGAGUCGUCAUCGGUUUUGACCAAUGUGCCAAGAUCGCUGCUAGAUACAAUCUGACAGAAGCAUUGGAUCGCAUCAUCUACUGUCUUAGCUCCAUUAGCACCCUUGCUCCAGAUGUACCACCCAAUACGACUCUCAACACCGAAGUUCAAGCCGGUAAAAAGAGUGUGAUGGUCAGCGAGCUUGCAGUCAAACUAGGCAGGGAUUUCAGGGCACAGCUGGCAACUGUCGUGUUGUUUAGAGUCCUGACGGGAAAUGAAGCCAUCGUUCGAGAGGGGUGGACACACAUUAUCCAAAUAUUUCACAACUUGUUCAUAAACUCGCUCAUUCCUCAGUUCGAGAGUAUGAAGCCGAGGCUGGAUAUCCCUCCAAUUCCGCUCCAACCCCCGUCGCAAAUUAUCGACCGAGAUGGAAGAGGUAACGACAGCGGACUACUUUCGGCCUUCACAUCAUAUCUCUCAAGUUAUGCUGCGGAUGAUCCCCCUGAACCUUCUGAUGAAGAGCUUGAAAACACUCUGUGCACAGUGGACUGCGUCAAUGCUUGCUCCAUUCCAGAGGUUCUUUCCAAUAUAAGCUUAAUGCCCGUGGAAUCUAUUGUUUCCUUAGUCAACGCUUUGCUGUCAGAUCUUCCGGACACAACCCCAGCAGUUAUUGUUGUCAAGCCUGAAAGGCCUCCGCCCAAUAUGUCUCGGCCACCCAAUAGAAAAGCCGACCCUAAUCAACCAAGCUACGACCCUGGAAUGAUAUACAUACUUGAAUUGGCAACAAUUCUGACCCUUAGAGAUCAAGAUACUAUCCGUGAGUUGGGUGAAAGCCUCGCUGGCGCCUUACAAAAUAUCGUUCGAGACUUCAAGGGCUUCCAUUCUCUUGCAGUUUCUCGAACCAUAUCAUACCUUCUAAAUCUCCUUUGCCAUGCCUAUGAACACUCCUUUAUGCGCGCGCCGGUUGUCCUUCAUGCCAUCUCUGCCUUCGAUCAAGAUACGAUAGACGAUUCAGCCAUUAACAUCAUCAAAGGACUUUCCUUCUGUAUCACCAGUGCUGCUCCUCUCAAAAGCGAAAUUACAAAGUCCCCAGAUUUCUGGUCGAUAUUGCAGCGGUUACAUCGACAUCAGGAAGCCGCUCCUAUGGUUUUCGACCUUCUUCAACAUAUUGUAAACUUCACUCCGCCCGUGAUUUCAGCCGACAACUACGAGUCUUGCGUAAGCCUUGCCAAUGAUUUUGCGAGCGCAGGGAGCCUUGCUGCUGUGCCUGACUCAAGGAGGACUCCUUCAGGACGACGAUCCAAGCUAGUGAAGCCCCCUAAAGCCCAGGAUAAUCCGUUGGUGCAACGUGGAAUUAAAGCAAUCGGCCUUAUAUACCACUUGGCAGGACGAGUACCGGAUCUCAUUCAACAGUCUCAUCUAGAACGGAACGAAGCAUGGGCCGCAUACUGGUCACCAAUAUUCAACGCACUGACCACACAGUGCCUCAAUCCUUGCCGUGAUGUUCGACACCAAGCCAUAUCGGCACUGCAACGAUCCCUGUUGUCACCUGAACUUGCAUCGACGGAUCAUACAGAGUGGAUCGCGAUUUUUGGAGAAGUAUUAUUCCCACUAAUCUUACGACUCCUCAAACCUGAGGUGUACCAAUCAGACUCGGUCGGAAUGAGCGAAACUCGAGUUCAAGCAGCAACCCUCGUGUGCAAAAUUUUCCUUCAUUACCUUGUCCUACUUUCGGAAUGGGAUGGGAUGUUGGAUCUAUGGCUGAAGAUCUUGGAUAUUUUGGACCGCAUGAUGAAUAGUGGUCAGGGAGAUAGUCUUGAGGAAGCAGUACCUGAAAGCUUGAAGAAUAUACUCCUUGUAAUGGCAGAUGGGGGUUAUCUAGCUCCACCUGCGGAAGACCCUACAAAAGAAAGGAUUUGGGUCGAGACGCAGAAGCGCCUAGAUCGGUUUCUUCCUCACCUCUUUGCUGAGAUAUUCCUUUUCAAACCCGAAGAACAACAUCCUCCUCCAUCACCAGUACCACAGCAGCCAUUCCCUUCAAACACCCCUGUUCAACCCCAGCCCCAACCUUGCCCCGAACAAAGCCAUGAACACCCCAACGCCAAUGAAGCAGUAGCCAAGGCCGAUGUUGUGGACGACGAUAAUACUCUCGACUAA